GUGAUGUCACUGCUAAGCGCCAUCGCGUAAUCAUCCAAUCGGUAGCUUUGAAAGAAGGAGGAUAUUGUCUUGUUUGUUGCAUUCUUGCUCGCUGGGCCCGCUGCUGCGCUCAGGUUGGAUAUUGGGGGCUGCCGGUACGGGAGGGGAUCGCUAUUUCUAUGUGCACCGGGCUAAGGAUUUGCAUACGUGGUCCAUCCAGCACAUGUGAGUGCAUCCAUUGAGAUUAGAAGAAAGGAGGCUCCGUCUAAAUAUUCGGAAAGGGUUUUUUUACAGUGAGAGCUGUGAAGUUGUGGAAUUCUCUCUCCAAAGCAGUGGUACUGGCUGAUACAUUCAAUAGUUUCAAAAGAGGGCUGGUACGCUUUAUAGCAAAAUGAUGCUGCCAUUUGAAACACUGCUUUCCAGCCCCCACUUAGUGUGAAGCAGCCAUCUGAACGUGUGUAGCCUGUUUGCUGGUCAUGUAAGAGGAUCUAGUUGCUCUGGGGUCUACUUCCUGCUAUGCUAUUUCCUGUCAUCAUGGGAAACUGCACUUCUCAAUGUGAUUUCUGGACAAGCAUGGCUCAAGGAAUGUUCUUUUAAUUGUACUUCAGUUGAAGAAGCAGCUUUGUUUUUGGGUUGCUUUGAAUUAGGAUCAAAAAGACCGUUAUUUGCACUGUGCUUUGAAUGAGAAGAAAGCAGCCAUGGAUAAGAAGUCAUUUGAGAUGGUACUUGAUGAAGUAAGAAAGGCUGUUAUGACUGACUACAAAGUGAAAGCUUUGGAAUAUGUACAUGGAUAUUUUUCAUGUGAACAGGUUGUUGAGUUAUUGAGGUACUUUUCCUGGGCAGAGCCACAACUCAAAGCUGUGAAAGCCAUGCAACAUAAAAUGGUUGCCAUUCCUGCAGCAAAUAUGGUGAAUGUUCUAAACUGUUUCACGUUUAGUAAAGACCGACUCAGCGCACUGGAGCUGUUAGCUUUAAAUAUACUGGAUGCUUCAAAUUAUCGGCCAAUUGAAGACACAUUUAAAAUUAGCCACGCUGAGAAGAAACGCUGUCGUAAAAUUCUGGAUCAGGCUGCAAAAAGUGGAUGUAAGGCCCCAAAUGCUAUGAUAUCGUCAUGUGGAAUGAUACCUGGAAAUCCUUAUCCAAAAGGGAAGCCUAGUCGCAUCAAUGGAAUAUUUCCUGGAAACCCAAAGAAGAAAGACGGAGAAGACCCUACAAAUGAGGGAAAAGGCAUUGCAGCCCGUAUUCUUGGACCCUGUAAGCCACCACCUUCAACGUAUAAUCCUCACAAGCCUGUGCCCUACCCCAUUCCACCAUGUCGUCCACAUGCAACGAUUGCCCCAAGUGCAUAUAGCAAUGGUAGUCUCAUAACUGUUGCAAAUGUAACUCCUGGAACUGUGCCUCCAUCCCCUUACACUCCUAAUCCUCCUGCUGUGGCCACUGGAAUUGAAGAGAACUCUGGUCAGUCAAAACCAGCACACGAUCAAUCUGCAAAUCAACACAUCUCUCCUCAAGAGGCCAAUCCAGCUCCUUCUCCUUCACUUCAAACAACCCCUGCUUCACCUGCAAAAACAAUCAAUUCUCCCAGCACACCAACAACACUGCCCUUUUCUGGGAUAUGCAUGCCCAGCCCUCUGCCAGCCUUCUCUCCACAAACUACAGCAUCUGUAUUGUCUCCUAAGCCCUCUACACCAACCCCAUCUGUUAUAAAGAGCAACCCGGGCUCCUCCAGUACUCCCACAUCACUAAACAGUGCACCUUCUACUCCAAGUCCUGCAUUUUCAGGUCUUCCUCAUGCUUCUGUUUCAGCACAACAGGGUUCCUCUAUUCCACGUUCCAGCUCUGUGUUGAAUGAUCACAUGCCAUCUCUACCCCUUGCAGGCCUCCCAUUCUCUGCUACCACUUUUACAGCCUCUGUUAGCACGGCCAAUAUGAUGCCAUCCUUAUUUGCUGGUCUUCCACUGCCCCUGAAUUCUCCUUUGCAGGGCAUAGCAAGUCCAAGUCUCUCUGACAUUGCAAGCGCAUCAGCAGGAUCACUUAACAUUGGAAACCCACUGCUGUCUGCCCUAAAAGGAUUUUUAGCUGGAAACGAUCCAACAUUGUUGAGUUCACCUUCAGUGUCUACACCUGGGCUUCUGCCAUUACAGAGUCUUCAAAAUUCAGAUUCCUCUUCAGGUUUAAACAAAAGUUUUACUCCUCCGUGUUCUACAUCAACACCUCAGAGGACAGCAACUCCAGGACUGGGCAUGUUUGCAACCUCUGCUUCACCAUCAAUAGCACAUCCCAUUCCUACAUCUAGUUCAGUGCCAGCACAACCUCUCAUUCCAACUCCAUCCCAUCUUAGUGCUCCACUUGUUCCACCAUGUCAGAAACCAUCCUCCUCUCUAUCUGAGCAUCAUCUUUCAUCUUCUCCAGCAGCUUCUGGCACAUCACUCUUAAUUAAAUCUGAACCAAUCAGCCCAUCACCUUCAGCAUUCAAAGGCCCAUCACGCUCCGGAACACCUUCUAAUGGUUCUUUAGGACUACCUGGAGUACUUGGCCACGUUUUUCCACCUGGAGCAGGAAACCUACCAAACACCAUUAAUCCUGGAUUGCCAGGCCUGCCUUUGAUGAAUGGCAACAUGAAUGGCCCUUCCUUGUCUUCAAUAUCAUUAAAUCCACAUGGUUCUUCUACUCCAAUGCCCCCAGUUUUUAGUGCACUUCCUCCAUUUACCUCCCUUUCGAAUGGGUCCCCAUUUGCUGGUGGCCCUGUCAUGAAUCCUACUGUAGGAAUGUUAUCUUCUACAUCUAAUGCAGAUUCUGCAGCCCCACCUCUUACAUCUGCUGUCUUUCCUGGUUUUUCUGCCUCUGCUGCUUCAUCCUUCCCUCUCAGUUUAUCUGCUGCUGUUCCGUCACUGUUCUCUGUAACACAAGGUCCUCUAGGCUCCUCAAAUCCAUCUUUCCCUGCUUUCCCAGUCUCUAGCACGCCACCUGUCAACCCUGCGCUGCCACCUUUUCCUGGGCUUCAGGCAACUUCUUCUCUGGUUCCCUCAGUUGCAGCUGCUCCAUCACCAGCCUCCGUUUUACCUGGAUUUGCCUCUGCCUUCAGUUCCAACUUUAAUUCUGCUCUUGUGGCUCAAGCUGGGCCUUCACCGUUUCCUCUUCUCUCCCUUUCUGGACUUCCUGGAUUCCCUCAAAGUCCCUCGUCGUCUCUGCAGGGACUUCAGCCGAGCGCAGCGGUGGCAGCGGCAGCAGCACAAUCCGCACUGCUGCAGGCUCAUUCAGCAUCAGCCCUUGAGAACUUUGCACCACAAUCAGAUGCGUUUGCCGGAUUUCCUGCUGGAACACCUUUCCCACUUCAGCCUGGGCUUCCCCAGCGAGGGUGGCAGUAAAUACUCCUAAUAUGAGACGUCAAACAAAAGCUGUUCUUCCUACCUAUGGUAUUGAUACGGCAAAGGCCAGUCAGUAGUUUUAACUAGUUCUUAGGCUUGUAAACAUUUUUAAACUUAGGGGAAAAGUGAAAGUCAAAAAGCCAAGCAGGAUGUCAGAAUGGCCUUGCUAUGGACAUACAGUAUUGCUGGCGAUCUAGUCACUGCAGCGUUUCUGUUACAGACAAACAGAUCUUUUUAUAUUUCAUUUGUAACUAUAGUGUUUUUAGAAUGUAUCAUUUAUUCUGAGGGUGGGUGGCUGGAGGUAAAAGAAUCCAUCUCUCCCGCCCCGCAGGUUUUAGACUGAUGAAUUCUGUAAUUACCAACAUAAUAACUGGCAGCAAAAAGUGAGACAAAAAAAUUGAGAAAAAGAAAGCGGCCUUUUUAUAAAUGUCAGCAUUCAUCACUGGUGUCAUAUUGGGACUAAAGAAAUCUAAAUUAAUGGUACAAAACCCCCAUUAAAUAAUAUGACCAGUCAUAUAUAUCAAUAUGGCGUCGAAUUCUAGGAUUCUUGAAUCCUAGUAGAAAUCUGAAAUUUCAGCAGUUCUGAGCUGAUGAAGUUAUUUGAGUCGCUCUAUUUAGUACUUUGUCUUUUCACAAAUUAGACACU